AUGCCGUUCCGCAGGCUGAAAUUGGACACUCUGUGGCCGGCGUUCGGCAUCAGCCAGGUGUCCGUGCUGCUAACGCCGGUGCCAUUCCAGGCGCGUCACGGUGCCACACUGGCCGCCGCCUGCCACAGCCAGCCGGCCAAAAUGAAGUCCAACGGCGUGGUUAUGGUGCUUCCCGCAGAGGUUGUCUUCAGGGCGGCGCCCGAGACUGCUGUCAGCCCGAUUCCGGGCUUGCCAUCGGCCGUGUCUGGGGAGCAGGCGUCUGGCAAGCCGUUCCCCAUGGUGAUGCUGGUUCACCUGAUUCUGCUGACGCGCUUGCUGAUGGUAAAGCUGAUGCUAUUCGGCCAGCUCCUGGCCACGGCGGCAGCCGACAACGACGGGUCGGAGGCUAACAUCUUCAAGAGGCCGCGAGACAACACGGGGUCAGGCGAGGACGCUGGUGACGCUGGUGGAGCUGCGCAC